GAACCUGUUUUGCCAAACUCGACAGAUCGUCGCUGGCCCUCAGUUUUAGGAGGUGAUUUCGACUUAGAGGAGAGUGAUCCCGAGCUGGACCGUGAUGAGAUCCGGGGUUUUGAUUCUCGUCUUGGGCCAAGCCCUGGCAAUCUAUGGAGCUCAUCAUAUUCGCACGGGAACUGCCUCCAUUGAGGAUUUUCAAAGCUUUUUCUCUAGUGAUGUAGAACCGAAGGGUCAAAAUCAAGCUUCUCGACAAACUGCACCACAAGACACGUCCUCGAAUUCCAACUCUGCUCCGGUUACUGAUUCAACUAAUAGAAAUACGAAGAGCAACUCAUUUGGAUCACAAGGCAAUGGGAACGACAAUUCUCGUGGAUCACCAGUCAACAGGAAUACAGAGCCGUUUCGACCACAAGCCAACAGGAACAUUGAUAAAUCGUUUGAAUUCCCAAGCAAUAGGAACGACAAUGUCUUCAGAUCCCAAGAGAACAGGCAGGACAACUCUUUUGGAUCGCAAGGCAAUAGGAACGAGGACUCUGGUUUUGGAAGAACCGACGACGACUUUUAUUGGCAACAAUUGGGAGGCUUGGAGGAAUUCGAUUCCAACGUCUUUUACAACUGGGACAAUUUCGGGCAAGGGUCUUCAUCCGGUAAAGCUGGGAACAAUCCAAGUCUGCAAAGGCCAAACUCUGGUUUCGUCUCCGGGGGAACUUCAGAAGAAUUCGACGACGACGAUGACGAAGAAAUAGAGGAUGAAGAAGAGCAAGACGAGGAAGACGGAGAAGGCCACGCCCAAGAUGUUGUGGAGGAACGAUCUGGCUCUUCUUCUUCCUCAUCGGGUGCCUCUGGUUCCUCCAAACCCAAUUGUCGAAAAUUGUCUCAGAACAGUUUAAUCCCGGGUCCAAACAACAAAGACUAUUACUUCUCCUGGUCCAAGGAACAACGCCCCAGUAAAGGCCAGAGCUGGAAAAAGGCUCGCGACUUCUGCCUCAACCGAUGCAUGGAUUUGGCAGCCAUCGAAUCGCCAAAAGAAGACGACUUCAUCGCCAGUCAUCUCGAGAGAGCGAAAUACGUGGAAGGAGCUUGGAUUGGUGCCCGAUUGUGCUUUUCGGAGCCAGAUUGUCCCAAGAAUUCCCAUUGGUAUUGGGUUAGUUCCAAAAAGAAACUUCCCCAAACUGGAUCAUGGUCCCGCACAGGCGGACUGGGUGAUCCACAGCCCGACAACUUAUGUCAAUACUAUGGUGGACCCAAAGAGGAAUGUGGAGCCAUGUUGAACAACUGGUUUCGAGAUGGUGUUCGAUGGCACGAUUUAGCGUGUGCCCAACGAUUGGGAUUCGUGUGCGAGGUCAAAGUGACAUCAUCGGCCUCUAAAUCGUCUCGCCAAAACGGGUCCAUUGGAACCGGACGCCAAGAACGAUCUCAAGGGCGUGGCAGUCGAAGGACAACCCCUCGACAAGAAAUUCGAAACGGAAGAAACAACCGCAAUCGUUAUGGAGCGGGGCGGGACAACCAACGGUCAAGAAAUGAUGGGCGUGGGAAUGACUCGGCCCGAAAUCGCUAUAAUAAGAGAUAGGCGAUAAGCUAUGACUGACAAUGUUUUUAUUGCGUUAACUAAUCUGAAGUCAAUAUAUCCACCUAAGCAAUAGAAAA